AUGACUGUGUUAAUGGAUCAGUAUGAAUAUCUAAACGAAGACGCAAUCGACGAUCAAUUCAAAUGUGUUAUUUGUAUCCAACCAUUUCGAUCUCCGACCAUACUGCAUUGUCAACAUAUAUUUUGUCAAAAAUGUAUCGAAACGUGGGUGGAAAGUAAUAAAUCGUGUCCCGUAUGUCGUCAAUCGGCCGAGAUUUCAGUGAUAAAAAUCGAUGAAACUCUCAACAAACAACUCGAUGAAUUUCUUGUUCGAUGUCUUCGAUGUAAAAAGACAAAUAUUCAACGAAGCCGUUUCGCCAAACAUUAUCAGCAUUGUUCAAAACGACGACUUCAAACCGUUUCAGAUUUAUUCAAAACUCGUUGGGAUUGCCUGCGAAGCAGCGUUCGAUCGAGAUGUCGAAAAAAAACAAAUCAAACUUCAAACCUCGACUUCCCUACUCCACAAUUACAAUUUCAUUAUUCACGAAGUCCAUCACCUAUCCAACAAACAUAUUCACCAUCACCGAAUACGCAGCCUUUAUAUAGAAAUUCCCAACCACGUGGUUUGAUACGAAAAGAAAUCGGUUUCUAUGCUUUUAUUGUAAUAUUGGUUCUAUUGCUCGUGAUUAUUGAACAAUUAUCCACUACUUUUUUUCGACGUCUUGCAAUAACUUUUGGUAUUAUAUUUUUAUUUUAUUACAUGAUGAAAUAA